UUGAAAUCUCGUGAGAGGAUAAUCUCCUUAGUGAUUGUCAACAAUUGCUCCCUGUGUUAUGGAGGACAGAGACCCAGAAGGUAAACCAAAGAUGUUUUUAUUCCUAAAACUAUAGUAAGCAAAUACAAACAGAGGCAAUAACAGUAAGCAGAAAUGGAGGAUUCAGACACAGAAGGGCAGAAGACAAAGUUAAUAGUAAAUCAACCUUAUGAUGAGAGUCUAGAAAUUAAUGAUUCUGAAGAGAUAGCAAGUAUCUACAGUCCAACCCCGAGGCCGUCUGGUGCUUCCAAGUCCAUUCGUUCUCAGCUCAAAGCUAUGGCUGACAGCAGUGAUGAAAAUGAGGAGGAUUCCAGCAAGGGCAAGAAGAAAGGGCCCCCACCUCAGACACAGCGUGGCUUCAGUGAAAAUGAAGAAGAGGAGUCUGAUGAUACAGAAUCUGAUGAUGAUGAUGAUGACGAUGAUGAAGAUGAAGAUGAACAUGGAGCACCCCUAGAAGGGGCAUACGAUCCAGCUGACUAUGAACACAUUCCAGUUCCUGCUGAUGUCAAAGAACUGUUUCAGUACAUCAUUCGUUACACGCCUCAGUCCAUUGAGCUGGACCAUAAACUGAAGCCUUUCAUUCCUGACUUUAUACCAGCUGUUGGUGACAUUGAUGCCUUUCUGAAGGUUCCACGUCCUGAUGGAAGACCUGAUAACCUUGGACUUCUGGUACUGGAUGAACCCUGUACAAAACAGUCUGAUCCAACAGUCUUGUCCCUAUGGCUGAUGGAGAAUUCAAAACAGCACAACAUUACGCAGCACAUGAAAGUGAAAAGUCUGGAAGAUGCUGAGAAGAACCCUAAAGCCAUUGAUAACUGGGUCGAAAGCAUUAGUGAAUUACAUCGGUCAAAGCCACCUGCUAACGUACACUAUACAAGACCAAUGCCAGAUAUUGACAGAUUGAUGCAGGAAUGGCCACCAGAGUUUGAAGAACUGCUAGGAAAGGUCAGUCUUCCAACUGCUGAUAUAAAUUGUAGCCUGGAUGAAUAUAUUGACGCAAUAUGUGCUAUUUUGGAUAUUCCAGUCUACAAGAGUCGGAUUCAGACCUUGCAUGUUUUAUUCAGUCUCUAUGCAGAGUUCAAAAACUCACAGCAUUUCAAAGCCUUGGCUGAAGGAAGGAAAAUACACAGUGCCUCUUCUGCUCCACCCUCUAGACCUGAAGAUGCAGAAAUACUCACUAUUGACUAAGAACACUGGCUUGUUUCCGUUGCCUGUUCAGAUAUUCCCCAGUAGGUUGGAUCCGCGAAGCCCAGCUUGUUUUAGUCAUCCUUAAUAAGUUCUGGAAUCCAUGAAUUUGCUGAUAUUGAGCAAAUCUGCAUCUUAGCUUGAUAAAGGCAACCUUCUUGAAAAAAAAAGAUAUUUAUGAAACAGGAAAGGCAAAUAUUACUGACGUGCAGUGUAUUUUUUAUUGAUUAUAUUUUAUACUUCAAGCACAGGCUGUGACUUCUUUUUUGUACCCAAAAUAAUUCUCGCUUAUUGCGCAUUACUUGCCUGUUUAUCGUAGUUGGAUUCAGUUGCAGCUGUAACUUGAAUUUUUUGGCAUACUUUAUAGUCAUCUGUACAGAAAUGAAAGCUAGUAGCAUUCCCUAGAUGGAAUUAGUGGUAGUCUAGUACUUAGCCAGAAAAGCACACAGACAUUAGUGUCAGCUUGCUGUACUGUGGUAAACAGUUUUCAAAAUAAAGUCAUAAAAGCAUUAA